AUGAGUAAGUCGGCAGCUGGUGAAAAUAGUUUUCAUUCAUCAUCUGAUUCAUACAUUUCUGAAAAUGAAUCUUCAAACCAGAAUGUGGCAGAAAUUAUUCGUGAUGAUAAUGACAUGGUUGAAAUUUAUCAUCAAGUUGAUAAUGUUAGCAGUAAUUAUCUCAGCAAUGGAGAACAUUCCAUAGAUGAUGACGAUAUAAAUGUGGGCAAUGAACUGCAAGUUGGUUCAGACAGUGACAAUUUUACAGCAGUGGAUUACACUGGAAAGGAAUUCCUCAUCCCAUUCAGAGGAAAAGUAUACUACAUUAUGAUUGUGACGAGUAUGAAAAACAAAUCUAGCUUGAAUGGACUCGGUGAUAAUAUCGAACUUGUUGAUAUAGAUUCUUGUGACUAUGCAGUGGCUACAUUGACACGAACGUCAAAUAAUCUUAUUAUAAAUGGUGGUGGAACGGCCUCUGUUGGAAUCAUAUUGUACGGUUUGGUAAAGACAAAUGAUGACUUAACGGUAACAGGAUUCGGAUUCAACCUGGGAAUCGAGUUUGACAUUGAUGGCUGUAUGAGCAACCCCUGUCACAACGACGCCAGCUGUCUGAACGGCGUCUACAGCUACAUCUGUCACUGCAGUGGCAAAUUUACAGGACGUUUAUGUGACACACCUCUCGUUGUUGAUCCAUCUCCGACCACAACAUUUGACCAACAUGUUUUGACUGUGACAGAUAAUGAAAAGUUCGAUACCACAAGCACAGUCAAAUCUCUUGGAAAAGACAGCGGAGAAAACAGGCCACCUAGCGUUACUAGUCUCAUGGCUUCAACUCCACAGCCAGAGAGUGAUGACGCCAUGCUGCAGACACGCAUCACUGAGUUCUCACAGCAGCUUGAACCGAACCCUGUACAGGACUCUACAGAAUCAAACAACAGGCCACCUAGCGGUACUAGUCUCAUGGCUUCAACUCCACAGACAGAGAGUGAUGACGUCAUGCUGCAGACACGCAUCACUGAGUUCUCACAGCAGCUUGAACCGAGCCCUGUACAGGACUCUACAGAGUGGAACACGCCACCUCUCAACUCUGAAGAAGGAAAUUUGGCUUCAUUGUCUGUAGCUCAAUCUCUCGGCUCAGAAUGUCCAACACCAUGGACUUCGACCACUACUCUUCCUGGGAGCUCGACGACUCGUGUCUGCAGAUGUUCUUGUCGUGGACAAGGAACACAGACGAAGGAGUCCGCGUCACAGUAUGCAGAAGAGACGAGGAUGAAUCUGACCGUAGAAAUGGCUACUCUGAGAAAGACGAUGAGUAAACGCGUCACUGUGAAAGAUGGCCGAUCUUCCGCACAUGCUAUAGGGUGGAUUGCUAUUCUGAUGGUCCUUGUUCCCGUGGCUUUCUUUGUCAUUUCAGACAUCUUCUCUCUCUGUAUACAUAUUCGUGAACUAUACGUUGGAAUAGAAAACAACUGACCGUAAUCAUAGUCAGAAAUGUACACCGAAAACCAAAUGAUAUGCAAAAUUCUGGCUGUUGAUAGUUUGUAGUUAGAACAGGGUUACUUGAUUACAAACGCUCAGUUCUGUGAAAUGAUAAACGGUAUAUUAACCUGUAAUUGUAUUGAAUCUCAAUGCGUUAAUCCCUUGUUAAAAACCAAUAUUUGAUGUUACAGAUUAAAAUAAUAUUCGCGUAAAUUUGGAUGGAAUAUGCUCUUAUCCUUCUCUUCGAUAGUUGCGUUGCAAACAAUCAUUGAAAACUCUUCUGGCACAUACUUGCAGAAACUUGACGUGUCUGGAAUUACUCCGCAGACCAUAGGCAAGAAAGGUAAUGGGUUAAUAACAUUACAGAUCUUAGUAAUGGUGAUAAUGCAAAAUAACAAAAUAUUAAAUGGAAACCUUUCACAAAAAUAUGGAAUAUGUAAA